AUGCAAUUAGAUUGUAAAAAGAUAUACUACUGUGAGUCAGGUGCUUCUAUUUUGAGUGGCCUUAUGCCCAUCUCAAAUGAAAUGGAAUAUACAGGUUUCAUCUUUGAUGCAUAUGGAACUAAUGGUCAAAUAUCCCUUUAUGUGGACCAUAGUGGUGAUGGAAUAGAAGAUAUGUUUGAGUCAAAAGGAGGAGAUGAUGACCAUGAUUCUUGUAUUAGUGGUGGGGAUGAUGACAUAGGUACCCUUAGGGAUGUGAAAGUGGAUUUUAAUGAGGAAAUAGUUACUAUGAAUAGAAUAUGUAAUGUUGAAUUAUUAACUAAAUUAUGGGCCUAA